AUGAGGGCGGGCUGCCGGCGAACGCCGACGGCGGAGAGCGUGCCGCAGCGCUGCCAGCGCUUAGGUAUGUCGACGAAUUCAUCUGUAGACGUGGAAGGAGGUAGUUUGGAAGACGUCGACGGCCUAUCUUCCCUUCUCAUAGCUAAAGAUAUCAUUUUGGCGGUGGAAAAGGCCGACGAGGUUCUCGCUUGCCAUCAUAUACACACGAACCGAAGAGUUGCUGCGAACGCGGAUCACGAGUUGACGAACGCACUACCGAGGGUUGUAGGGUACCCCAGGCACACUGAAAGCCCGGUGCCUACAACUGAAGGGACCCCAGGCCAGACAGAUAUGCGGGGAGCAGGGCUGUCCUUUGAAGUUGACAAACAUCAAAGUACGGGAGGGGGCAAGACAGAUAAAAAUAAAGCACUUUAUAACGCUUUACAGGCUGCACAAGAAUGGUAA